CUGAGCGAUAAUUUCCUGGCCAGUGACAAGGUGUUGUAUCGAGGUCACCCAGUGGCCGCAGUGGCCGCCGACAACGCCCACAUCGCCGAGGCGGCCCUGGAGUUGAUCGACGUCGAGUAUGAAGUUCUGCAACCGGUUUUGGAUGUGCGCGAUGCGAUGCUUGAAGGGUCGCCGUUACUCCAUGACGACCUGAUCCACACUUCCGCGAUGGGCGAUAUGUCCGAUCAGCCGAGUAACGUUGCGUCUUACAUGAAAAUUGAAAAGGGCGACGUUGCGUCGGGGUUCGCCAAUUCCGACGCCAUUGUAGAACGGGAAUUCACGACCGCCUCGGGCCGGAAUGACGGGGUGGGAUGGAAGCAACCCGUCGAGUCUGAACUGCUACGACCGGUGGCGCAGAUUGACCCGUACCGCGGGGGCAGAUACAAUUACCUCCAAUAUCAGCCGCCAAAAUUUAGAUUUGUGAUGAGUUCUACGGCAUUGCCAAGUGACAAUCCCCAGGCACCCGAAGAAGAGUUUGCUUUUCCGGUCACAGUGCAGGUUGCGGGCGAGAUACCCGUUAGCGAGGCUGUAGCGAAAGCAAUUUCGGCUGGUGGGCUGGUCUUUCGGGAGGCGGACGAUGGCAUCGAAACGUUGCUUUGCGCCAGGACUCGGCCGGGUCGCCAGGGUCCGGAUGCUCCCUUAAGCUGGCGUUUGCCUAAAGGAACGCCCGAGCCGGGCGAAAGUGUGGAGGAGACGGCCCGCCGUGAGGUGCAGGAAGAAACCGGCGUGCGCGUGAAUCUGAUUGCUCCCAUCACCAGUAUCCAGUACUACUUCGUGGGCCACGAUGACGGAGUUCGCUAUGAUAAGACGGUCCAUUUUUAUCUGAUGGAACCGCUUGGGGGCAAUACCGCCGAUCAUGACGCCGAAUUCGACGUGGUCGAAUGGCAAGCCUACGACCGCGCGCUGCAGCUGCUCGAAUACGACAAUGAGCGCAGCGUUCUGGAAGCAGCGCGAUCAUUGAUCGCCUCCUAUCGGGAUGGCGAAUGA